CCCCAAGCUCUAUCGGGAGGGUAAGGGGGUUUGGAGAUUGAAAGUCGUCAGAGUCGGCCCAGUAGAUAGUAGUCGCAGCGCUCGGUAAGCACUUGGAGAGGGGGAAGACAAAGAAAGUCUCGGAUACAAUGUCCCAGCUGCAAGAGGGACCAUUACCCAGGCUCCUAGAGAUGUUUGGUGGUGUCAGGCUUCGUGCAUGUCAUGUGAGAAUGUGUGAGGAGGAGAGGAGGAGAGGAGAGCAAUUCCAUCACAAGAGGGGAAAAACAGAAUCAAAGCAACAACAUGAAAAAGAAACUCGAGAGAAAAAAAAAAGAAACGAAAAGAAGAAGCAAGGCAAGAAGGAAGUUAAGUGUAACAUACGCAAUGGGUGUUUUCCAGGUCAGAUUAAAUCAAAUGAUGAUGAUGAUUAUAAUAAUAAUAAUAAUAAUAAUAAACGAUCCAAAGAAGAUCCCUUUAAAGAAAAAAUAUUAGUCCAAAUAGGGUAAAAAAGAAAAAGAAAAGAAAGAAAAGAAAAAUAAAUACGACGCCGACGACGGG